AUGUCCAAUUAUCUUUCUACUGAGCUUACAGCUACAUGUGCUGCGCUUGGUUAUUAUGAUGGGAGUAAAUAUCACUUAGAUAAAUAUUGCUUAGAGGUCAUAAAAGACCUAAUUAGGUAUUUAAGAAGAGAUGAUGAUAGUCAUACUGUGCGUCAGUUUCUUUAUCAAUCAAAAGUACUUGAAACUGAUCUUAUUAAAAUUUUUAUCGAGCAUACCGACAAACUUGAACUUUGGGAUGUAUUAUUGAGGUUGAUCAUUAAUUUAACAAGUCCAAUUUUCUUUAUUUAUAAUGAGCGUGUGCCCAUUGAUAAAUUGGAACGUACUACAUAUCAGAAACUUAUUUCAUAUACUCAAGCAUACAAAAUAGCAUUCACUGAUGAACGUGUAUGGACAACCUUAAGCAAUCGCUUGAGUAAAAUUCUUAAAUUAGAUAAUAUAGAAAGAGGAGAGGAAGAUAAUAUGGUUAUUGAAAGAAUCCUCGUUUUCAUUAGAAACAUAUUACAAAUUCCUCCUGAUGAAAACGAGAAACGUGUUGAUACAGAUGUUACAGUUCAUGAUCAGGUUUUAUUUGCUCUUAAUGCAUCAGGAAUUGUUGAUUUGUUACUGUUUAUUGCUAGUAAUACUAGUGAACAAAAUUACCACUUACAAGUAGUAGAGAUUAUAUCGUUAAUGCUACGCGACCAGAGUGCAAGUCUGUUAGCAACAUCUGGUUUGCAACGUAGUACAACAGAAAAAGAAAGAGACGAGGCAGUACUCUUAGCUGCUCGACAAAAAGAGAGGCAACAGAAAAUGGAUAGAAUAAGAAAAUAUGCAGGAGUUCGGCAUUCACGUUUUGGAGGUACUUACGUCGUUCAGAAUAUGAAAGCCAUCGGAGAUAAUCAACUGAUAUGUCACAAACCGUACCAGAAGAUCGAGUCAUUAAGUUUCGGCCAAGAGAAGACCAAAGUAAUGAGACCAAAAAAUAGACGACCAAUGUCAGACCCAAGGGGUGAGCGUACAUCCACUCUAAGCGUAAGACUGUUCUUGAAAGAAUUCUGCGUGGAAUUUUUGAAUGCUGCUUAUAAUCCCGUAAUGAGAUAUGUAAGACAUUGCAUCGGUGGAAAUCAAGUCGAACCAAUCGAAACGACUUGCUAUCUUUGGGCUUUGCGUUUCUUCAUGGAGUUCAAUCGCCAUUACAAGUUCGAGGUAAAAUAUGUGAGCGAAACAAUAUCUACGGAAGUAUUUCACGUGGUGCAAAGACAGAUGGAACAAUACUAUGAGAUGAUGAUGACCGAUAAAAAAAGAAUACCAGUUUGGUCGUAUAGAUUACAUCUAGCAUUAAAAGCGUAUCAGGAACUUCUGCACACUUUAAUGGCGAUGGAUCAAAGCAAGGAUCACGGUGUUAGAGAAUCCAGUAAAGUCAUUAAGAGCAACAUAUUUUACGUUCCAGAAUAUCGAGAAACGAUUCUUUCUCAGCUUCUCGGUUUCGACGAACUUAAAAUGUCACGACAAUAUUUGGCCGAUCUCAUCACAACGGUGCACAUCUUUUUGAAAAUGUUGGGUGUUUAUUGUGGAAGAAAUGCUCGUAACAUAAUGAUUCAGAAAGCGAAGCAUAGAUCACGCAAAAGGGGAAAUAAAAAAAAAACUGUACAGAAAGAGCAACCGACUCCUCAAAGUGCAGAGGAUCGAUGGGUUAAUAUUGGCCCUCAGUUAUCUGCAGUAAUGCGAGACGGGACAAUACCGGAAGUUGUACCAUUUGAUGCGACAUUGGAUGUUCCGAUAGACGAUCAAAAAGUCGAUGCUGUGAAGAAAAUUCAAAAACUACUGCGGACGAAGGAUUUCGAACAAGCUAUUGGCCUUAUUCGUUCAGCGAGAGAUGUCUGGCCUGAAAACGAUUCUUUCGGAAAAGCAGACAGUACUCCUGAAGAAGAAUUCGCGACGCUACGAGAAAUCUUCUUUGCAGAUUUGGGUGUUGAAGAUGAUCCUAUUCCAUUAAGCGAAACGAACCAGGAAGAAAAUGUCGAGCAGUUCGUUAAUGAUGAAGAGGACGAGGAAGAGGAGGAAGAAGAAGCUGCACAAAGGAGCACUGUCGUGGAAACCGAUUUUAAGUAUUCCGACUUUAUCCACAGAUUUGCCAAUGUGAAAGUUGUCAAAGCUUUGCUGCUUCUAUUACAACAAUUCGAUAAAAAUACGGACGAAGUGAAUCAUUACGUUAACAAGAUGAUUCAUCGAAUCGCGUGGGAGUGCAAAAUGCCUGGAAUGAUGUUCCAGGCAUCGAUUUUUCGAGUUUUUCAACGAAUCCUCGAGUCAAAAUGUCCCGAACACAAGGAACUUCAAAAGUCCGCAGUCUUCAUAAUCCGUCGUUUCAUCGAAGUCGCGGAAAAGAACCGGAAAGCGUACAUGGAGCUGCUCUUCUGGAAGACCACUCGCGACGCGACUGAGGUCGUCAGCGGUUACAACGCGGAAACGGCUAACAAGAAAGUUUCGCGCACCCUCUGGACCGAGGCCCAAGAAGACGAGUUACGCACGCUCUUUAUGGAACAUCAGACUAACAACUAUUCCCAAGAUCUUAUCGAAUGGCUGUUGGAAAAUAUUAAUCAAGAACGAACGAGACGCGGCAUUACAAAGAAGCUGAAAGAGCUGUUUUUGAUCGUUAACUCCAAAGCUGUCCGAAGCGAGAUACAGAAGAGGCUUCCGAAAGAAUGGUCCGAGAAUGAAGUCGCUCAGCUGACGGAGUUUUGGGAACAACUGAAAAACGACGACGGUAAUUUCCAUACAACAGAUCCUGUUGACCUGAUCUUCAAUGGGCUCACAAUAAAGCGGUCGAAGCCAAAGAUCAAGGAGAAGCUUUUGGAAUUAGGAUUGGCUGCGGAUCCGAAGGAGCUGCGCAAGAAGCGAUCCAGAAAAAGCAACCAAGGCAAAUCGUCGUGGGAAACGCAGUCUGUUAGUAAUUCAGACGAGAAUGAAAGCAGC